AUGGCCACCAAAUAUGACAUCACCAGCGCGUACCGACUCAAGUCAGGCUACGAAAUUCCCAUCCUGGGCUUCGGCGUCUACAAAACUCCCGUCGACGAGUGUAAAGAAUGCGUGUUGAAAGCAUUGGAAGUGGGCUACCGCCAUAUUGACUCUGCUGCUGCGUACUUCAACGAACAAGCGUGCGGCGAUGCUAUCCGGGCCUCUGGCAUUCCCCGCGACAAGAUAUUCAUCACCACCAAGGUUCACCCCAAAUCGCAAGGCUAUGAAAAGGCUAAGAAGUCUAUUGAAGACAGUCUGAAACUAUCCGGACUCGACUAUUUUGAUCUAAUCCUCAUCCAUGCCCCCUACGGCUCCAGAGAAGAACGUCUGGGGUCCUGGAGAGCCUUGGUCGAAGCCCAGCAGGCAGGUAAAGUCCGGUCGCUCGGCGUGUCAAACUACGGCGUGCAUCACCUCGAUGAACUGAAAGAAUACAUCCAAACCAGCAAAUUGCCCGGGAUCGACGUCGGCCAGUGGGAAUUGCACCCCUGGCUCGGCCGAAAGGACAUCGUUGACUGGUGUCGCGCCAACGACGUCGUCGUGCAGGCUUACUGUCCGAUUGUGCGCGCCAAAAGGAACGAUGACCCCGUUGUCGCUAAACUGGUGGACAAGUACAAGAAGACGCCGGCACAGAUUUUGUUGCGCUGGAGUGUGCAAAUGGGCUUCAUUCCUCUCCCAAAAUCAGUCACUCCAUCUCGAAUCGAGGAGAAUGCGCGGUUCUUCGACUUUGAGCUGUCCAAGGAGGACAUGGAUCUGCUGACCACAGACGAGUAUUCGCCUGUUGCAUGGGACCCUACCACAGAUACUCAGGUUUGA